UACCACCAAACUCAUCACUCCACAAAAUUCCGUGGGCUUUGUAUAUGAAGCCCUUCACUGGACAGCCUCAAUUCCAAUACCUCUUUCUUAUGUAAACUCUUUAUACCACACCUUCUCUUUCAUCUCUCUGAUUUCUCUUCAAUCAACAGCCAUGUCUGCUGCUACAGAACCAGAGGUAGGGUCUAAUAAUGAAGAAGAAGCUGAGCUCAGGAGAGGCCCUUGGACUCUGGAAGAAGACAGUUUACUCAUACACUGUAUUGCUCUUCACGGUGAAGGUCGUUGGAACAUGUUAGCCAAAAGUUCAGGAUUGAAGAGAACUGGAAAGAGUUGCAGAUUGAGGUGGCUCAACUAUCUGAAACCAGACAUCAAGAGAGGGAAUUUAACUCCUCAAGAACAACUUUUGAUCCUUGAACUCCAUUCCAAAUGGGGUAACAGGUGGUCGAAAAUUGCUCAGCAUCUGCCAGGAAGAACAGACAAUGAGAUCAAGAAUUACUGGAGAACAAGAGUUCAGAAACAGGCACGCCAGCUCAACAUUGAGACUGGUAGUGACAGAUUCAUCGAUGCUGUUCGAUGUUUCUGGAUGCCUAGGUUGUUACAAAAGAUGGAACAAAACUCUUCAUCUUCCUCUUCCUCUGUCACAACCAUGAACUCUGAGAAUUCUGCAAUUAAUGUCCCUUCCCUGUCUCCUCCACAAGGAGAAUUCGCAGAUAUCGCAGUAAAUCACACAAGCACCACCAUCACCAACAACAACAACAUUAGUAAUCUCAGUUUCCCAGAUCAUAAUUCCCUGCAAGUCCAAGACCAAUUUGAAAUAUCAGAAAACCCGACAGGAUCUACUGCUCCUGUUGUGUUCGAGAACUACAACAAUAAUGUCUGCUUCAAUCCAGUUCAAGAUCAUAGCUUUGGCAUGGAAGGGUUAAACUUGGAUCCAUUUUCAAGAAGUGAAAGUAAUUAUGGGAUUCCCCAGUUUGAUUAUUGUCAGAGUUCGGAAAGUGAAUGGGUUUUGAGCGGCAUGGGAGAAUAUUCUUUGUGGAACUUGGAUGAAAUGGGACAGUGAAGAUGGAAGAACAGAAAGAGAAGAGGAGAGCGUCUCGUUUUUAUCUUGGGAUGCUUAGAAGAAAAAGAAAACUGGACUUCUAUGUUCUGCAUAAUUAUUAGUCAGUCAGUGGGACUUAAAUGUCUCCAUGAUAGGUUAUUCUGCCUUAGGUGUUAAGGCUUCCCGUUAUGAGAUAUGUUCAGUUUAGCAAUUCAAGUAUGAUUUGUGGAUUAUUAAGACUAGCUAGCGGUUCUCUGUUCAAGAUUAUUAAUUAUAUUUAAAAAUUAAUGUAAUUGGACAAAGGUGUUGUGUCUUUGGU